AUGGUUAAUGAACAGAGCGGCGUUCUUUCGGGAGUUAAUCCCAUGACUGUUAAUACAGCUGACCCUCUAACACUCACUAUAGUACAGGUAAAGCGUCCCAAAAUUUUUUACGGGAUAAACCGGAAUUCAUCCGGGGAAUCCUCGUUUUGUUUACAUUUACGUUCGCGCGAAGUCGUUAUAAUAGUAGUUUUUACUCGCCUCCUCCAUCUUGGUCUUAAACAUAUUCGACAACCACGAGUCAUAUCUGAAGUGCUAGGUGGAAUUAUCCUUGGUCCUACUAUAAUGGGCCAUAUUCCGGGAUACAUAAAUACCGUCUUUCCAAGCAGCUCCCUUACUUACCUUAACCUUCUUGCUAAUUUUGGCCUGGUCCUAUACUUAUUCCUAGUUGGUUUAGAAUUGAAUCCAACAAUGAUAAAAAAUAGUAUAAAAUCUGUUGCUUUAAUCUCUGCAUCUGGUAUUUUAUUGCCUUUUGCUCUGGGUGUAGGCGUCGCAUAUGGUCUUUAUGAUUCAAUGGAUAAUCAUCAUGUUGGUGACCAGCAAGUUCCAUUUACAAGUUUUUUGUUGUUCAUCUGUGUUGCCAUGGCUAUUACGGCCUUCCCGGUUCUCGCGCGUAUAUUAUCGGAGCUGAAACUUAUGGGUACUUCUGUGGGUAAUCGUGCGCUAUCCUCUGCUGUUGGUGACGAUAUUACCGCUUGGAUUUUACUGGCAUUAGUCAUUGCGAUAAUUAAUGCCACAAACUAUCUCACAGCUCUUUAUUCUUUCUUACUCUGCGUUGCUUGGACUUUAAUUGUUGGAUUUGUUAUUCGCCCUAUAUUGCUAAGAUCCAUUGUUAUAACCGAUUCAAAUAAACCUUCUCCAUCAACAUUAAUGAUUGCCAUUACUUUAUCAGUUGUUUUAAUAUCUGCAUUUGUUACAAAUAUUAUUGGAAUUCAUUACAUUUUUGGUGGUUUCAUCGUUGGGGUAAUCCUUCCUCAUGAAGGAGGUUUCACAGUGGGACUUACUGAAAAAAUUGAAGAUAUAAUUACUGUCCUAUUCUUGCCUAUAUAUUUUACAUUAUCUGGAUUGAAAACCAAUAUUAGUGACUUGGGUGCUGUAGGAUGGGGUUGGGCAAUCUUGGUCAUCAUCGUUGCUAUGGUUGGAAAAGUAACUGGUUGUACCAUUGCCGCUAAAUUAACAGGUUCAAAUCGUAGAGAAGCUUUAACAAUUGGUGUUUUUAUGAGCUGUAAAGGUCUUGUAGAAUUAAUUAUUCUCAACCUUGGCUAUGAUGCAAAAAUCAUAAAUGGUAGAGUUUUCUCGAUCAUGGUCAUCAUGGCCUUGGUAACAACAUUUGUCACAACUCCACUUGCUACUUAUUUGUAUCCUGUUCAGUACCAAAGAAAAAUGGAACGUGAACGGUCUAAAAAGGAUCUUGAAUCAGCAAAUGAUACAAAUGAUCUCAAGUUAUUGGCUGUAUUAGACAAAGUUGAAAAUCUCCCAGCUAUGAUAACUUUUGUCCAACUUUUACAGCAUAAUAAUACUUCUGCCAAAUCUGGUUUACAAAAUUCCGAUCGUGAUACCGGUUCAGACAUAACUCAAAUCAAUAAACCAAUGAAUGUUCAUGUUUUACGUCUUGUUGAGCUUACGCAGCGUAUGUCAGCGGUGAUGAAAUUUAAUGAAAUUUCAGAAACUAUUUUACAUGAUCCAAUCAUGAAUAUGUUUUCUGCACUUAGUCAAGUUAGUUCAGUAAAAGUCGAACCCAAAUUAUCCGUUGCUGCUCCAAAAGAUUUUUGUCGAGAAAUUAUUGAAAAGAUACAAGAUGCAGACAUUAAUUUAGUAAUAAUUCCAUGGGGUGGUGCCGGUGAGAUUGAAGAUGCGCCAAUUGAAAAUAGAGAUCAUGCACCACGCGAGAAGAAAAACACAAGUCCGCAGGUUUCAACUUUUAUUCAGAAUGUUUUCAGUGAAGCAGCAAUUUAUUCAAGCGUGGCAGUGUUUGUUGAUCGUGGUUUUGGUAGCACUGACAACACACAUACACUUCCUAAUCCUAUGGGUUAUCUUCAUAUUUUUGUACCUUUCUUUGGUGGUGCUGAUGAUCGUGAGGCACUUACUUUUGUUUUUAGAUUACUUGAAUAUCCAAAUGUCAACGUAACUGUAGUUAGAAUAAUAAAAUCAGAAAAACCUACUGAUAACGAUGUCACAUUAAUAAAACCUGAGCUGCAAUCUGAGAUUAACAAUAUAGAUGACGUAAAGGAUCGACCAAUUUCGACUAUUUCUAUUAGCGAAGCUGUUGCACGUCAAGAAAACGAAGAUGAUGAAUCCUUUUUAGAAAUGCACUUAAAAUCAAAAUCUGGAUAUCCUGCGAGAAAUGCACGUAUAAAUUAUAAAGAAGUUCCUUCUUAUACACCAAUACAAACUGCUGUUGACCGCGCAAAAGAAGUUGUCAAUAGAAAAGAUUUAGUUGUUGUAGGACGUAGUCGUCAUUCACAUCUGAAUGAACCUCAUCACCAUUAUGAAUUUAAAGAAUUAAUUAAGAAUUUAGGAUAUUAUGGCAACGAGACACAUAAAUCUUUAGGCUACGUUUCUGAAGCAUUUUUAGUUGGGGGUGUUAUGGCAAGUCUUUUGGUGCUACAGGCAAAGCAAACUAAAAAUAAAAGGAAACGAGUUGGGUUUUUAACAAUAACGAGACAUGUUUAUCUUUUUGGAAUCGGUGAUUUAGCCAUUGAUUCAAUACUAUUACUGAGUAGUUUUCUUCUCAACCAACAACAUAAGCAGCUAUGA